AUUAAUGAUCAUUCUGUUGUAGCUAGCUAGCUCUUGAACAUAACUUCGAGAAGCAAUAAUAUUAUUAUCUGUUGGUCCAAAUUUUCAGAAUGCUACCAUUUCAGCCGUCGAUCUCACCUUCCACGCAACUAAUCAUAUAAACUCGUGCUUUGGUUUGCCAGAAAGUGCUGAAGAAUCCCUGGUCUGAGCUGGAGCUACUAGAAUGUCGAUUUCCGUCAGAAUUGACAAAGGAGAAAAUGGACUCGUGGGCAUCACCAUUGGUGGCGGACCUCCACUUUGUCCAGUGGUGUACAUCGUCCAAGUCUUCGAUAACACGCCAGCGCAAAAGAGCGGCCAGCUUGAGCCCGGUGAUGAACUCCUCAGUGUGAAUGGGAAACCCGUCACUGGUAUGACCAAAACGCAAAUUGCGAAGAAAAUCAAGUCGAUGGGAUCACCGGUCCACCUGGAAAUCCGAAAGCUGCAGACGGACCCGAAAGAGUACAAAUCACUGGACAUUGCAUUGAAGAAUAUCAAGCAUCGAGUAGUGGAGUCCAUGUCGCAGCAGACUGCGGACACUCUGGGCUUGAGCCGCGCCAUUCUUGUCAACGAUGACAUGAUUCAGAAGUUACAGCAUUUGGAAAAGAACACCAAAGCAUACCAAGAGCUCGCCAAGCGAAUUCACGGUGCGCUAGUUGUGUACAAGGAGCAAGCCACACUCAACCGAGAGAUUGGUGAUAUUUUUGCUGAGCUUGCGGUGCACGAAGUACAGCCCAAUGCAAGCAAGGCAUUCACUCUGGUCGGCGAAUCCCACCGGCAAUUUAGCAAGACUGGACUGGAAUUUGUUCAGGAAGCCAAACCGCUACUAUCCGAUAUGCACACGUUUCUCACCAAGGCUAUACCAGACACAAGGUUGACGGUGAAGAAAUAUGCCAAUAUCAAAUUUGAGUAUUUAUCGUAUUGCUUAAAAGCAAAAGAAAUGGAUGACGAGGAAGCCACAUACUAUGCUAUGCACGAGCCCCUGUAUCGUGUUUACACCGGCAACAUGGAGUACCGGCUGACGCUGCGCUGCAGACACAUAGCACGGACCCAGUUUGCUGCGCUGAGAAAGAGUGUCAGCGAGAAGCUGCAACUGCUGGAGAACAAGAGAAUCCAAGACAUCAGCUUUCAGCUGGAGCGUUUCAUUUCGGCCAUGGAGCACUGCUCGCAGCGGUGCCUGAUCUAUCACAAAGGCCUGGACGUCUUUCCCAUCGAGCUGGAUCUGGACCGCGGUGUGUUCAAGUCGGCCGCACAGCGCAUGGCGGCGGCUCUCUACGACACCGACAGCGGACACGACGACGACGCUGGCUGCUCAUCGUCGGCAGCGAGUCACUACAUGCCCGGCGGUGUGUCGGAAUCUGGCAGCAGCCUGGCCGGUGGCUCCUCGCUCAGCAAUGCCGGCAGGGAGUUCGUUGAGCGCACGGACAGCGGUAGAGGUGAGGACUUGCCACGACGGGCAGGCGACGCCGAUUCCGUGUUACUGCAGCUUGAGUAGUAGGUACAGUAUACCUGUAGUGCAACAACAAGACGAGAAACAGAGACAACCAGUUUGAUAUUUGCAAAUGCAACUCUCUCUCUCUCUCACACACACACACACACACACACACACACACACACGCACACACACACACACGUACGCACACAGAUGGAGAGUAUUUUAAUAGCAAUAUGCUCCCCAUCAAAUACCGGUUUCGUUUAGGCCCGGGCACGCAUGCCACAGACCAAGGACAUGCAAUAACGCACAUGGUCUGAGCAACAGUGCACCCACGCAUAGGUUACACAUUCACGCCAUUAUUCUUUAAUGUCGCGUUUUCACGCAGUUAUUCAUAGGCAACAUUAUUAUCACACACUAGUACUAGUAGUAGUAUCAACUAUGUAGGUCACCAUGGCAACUCCCUAGUUAGAUAGUAUUGUUCUGGUUGUGCCGGCCAACGUUCUCCACGACAUUAUGCAUAGCUCGGUGUGCUACCGUGACGUACACAUCCCGUAAAACAUGCGCUUUUCGGCGAGCAUGCAGCCUUCAGUGCUGCUACUCGCAAUCUAGUUUCGCUUUGUGUACACGCCAUGGCACACCGUCUUGAGACCGCCACCAGCCUUCGCUGGUAGAGGUACAUUAUUUCCCGUCAUAGGACAUGUACUGCGGCGAUGCUUAUUAUUUUAGCGCUCUUCAAAGUCUUCAUCGUGAGCAUGACCCCAAUCAUCGUCAUCAUUAUCGCCCAUCCUUCAGUCAUAUUCUGGUUUUAUCCUGUGCAAAGCUCGGCCUCAGCUCCACUGCACUUUUCUUUUAUCAUUGUCCAUUAUUUUAGUUGGCGCCCGGCUCACCUCAGACAGAAAACUCGCCUCCGCUUUGGUUUUUAUGUGCCUGAACCCGGGCGGGAAUCUCCAGAGAGCGGACUUUCCGAUUUUGGCUAACACCGCAAGCAUAAGUCGGCGCUCCCGACCUGUUCUUAUUAUCAUCCUGUGGAUUUUAUUCUCUGGUGCUCUCACGUUUCAUCGCAGCAUUGCUCUUUUACUCACCUUUGUGUGUUAUAUUUUCCGCCAGUUAGGCAGAGACUGAACGGAGUCUUGCCUACAACUAACGUUACUUUUUUUAGGGAAAUUUUAUUCAUGGCAAUCCGCCAUGAUACCCACGUCCUUUAUUUCCAUUUUCAUGCUGUUGAGUGUGGGACAGCCAACUCACGAGAUAUGUGUGAGGUGUGUGCUAGCUGGCGACUUUGGUUUUCUCAUGAACCUUAAAAUCCCUUUCCACUCAUUCAUUGUCUAUUCUGGCAAUUUAAAAUUAUAUGUUUCUUUUUGGAAGGGAAUAUGAGACGCUCCAUCAA